AUGAAUCCUUCUCUGGAACCGCUAGCUAUAACUGGGAUAUCUCUAAAAUUCCCAGGAGAUGCCGUAUCUGCUGAAUCAUUCUGGAAAUUGAUCAUAGAAGGCCGCUUGACAAUGAGAGACUAUCCACCCGAUCGAUCAAACAUUGAUGCAUUUUACCAUGCAGAUCACGGUCGUCUUGAUCAGAUUUCAGCGCGUGGCGCUAACUUCUUGAACCAAGAUAUCAGCCGAUUUGACGCUUCUUUUUUCUCAAUCAAUGCGGCUGAGGCAGAGGCAAUGGAUCCCCAGCAGCGUCUAAUUUUGGAGACUGUCUAUCACGCUUUCGAGAAUGCAGGGAUGACGCUUGACCAGGUUUCAGGCUCUAAGACCUGCGUGUACGCUGGGUCAUUUGGCCACGACUAUUCAACAAUGCAAGUCAAGGAUCCCAUAGCCCUACCUAAGUUUUCCGCCACGGGGACUGGGAUGACUAUACUAUCUAAUAGAGUGAGCUGGUUCUUUAAUCUGACUGGGCCGAGUGCUACUGUAGACACAGCAUGCUCUAGCAGUCUGAUGGCCGUUGAUCUUGCGUGCCAAUCGAUUUGGAGCGGGGACUCCUCCAUGGGUGUGGCUAUUGGCAGCAAUGUGAUAAUCGGACUUGACACUAGCCUACCGUUGGAUAACCUCGGUCUAUUGUCUAGUGACAGCCGGUCAUACAGCUUUGAUCAGCGAGGCAAUGGCUAUGCCCGUGGCGAGGGGGUUGGUGUCCUGGUGCUUCGCCCUCUCAAAGAUGCCAUCGAUCAUAAUGACACUAUCAGAGCAGUGAUCCGCUCAUCAGGAUCGAAUCAAGAUGGACGAACUCAAGGAAUAACACAGCCUAGCAUGGACUUACAGCAGAAGCUCAUUCUAGACACGUAUAAGAAAGCCAAUCUUGAUUUGUCUCUAACAAGCUAUGUCGAGGCUCAUGGAACAGGAACUGCCGUGGGAGAUCCCAUUGAAGCACAGGCAAUUGGAUCUGUUUUCCGACAUCAUCGAAUAGUUGAUGAUCCAGUAUAUAUAGGAUCUGUCAAAUCCACAAUCGGUCACCUAGAGGGUGCAAGUGGAAUUGCGGGCGUCAUUAAAACCGUGAUGGCUCUCGAAAACGGAAUAAUCCCUCCGAAUACCGAUUUUCAGCAACUUAACCCUAGGAUCGACGAUGUCUAUCUCCGUAUCAAGGUGGCAGACAAACAGAUUCCCUGGCCUACAGACGGCUUGCGGCGAGCCUCUGUAAGUUCGUUUGGGUUUGGAGGAUCAAACAGUCACAUAGUGCUGGAUGAUGCCUAUCACUCUUUGCAGGCUAGUCAUGCGAAAGCAAACCAUAAUACAACCGUGUACGAGUCGAAUGGUUUAUCAAAAGAAGGAAUAUCUUCACCUAUGCUGCUUGUUCUAUCUUCCACUGAUGAGGAUGGCUUUUCGCGCCUCAAGGAUGCCUGGGGACCGUUUUUCUCUUCUCUUAACACACCUACCACGGAGAAGCAACACUUGCUUAAUAACCUCGCGUACACUUUGUGUCUUCGUCGAAGUCAUCUUUCAUGGAGAACAUUUGCCGUUGUUUAUCCUGAUGAUGACUGGUCACAUCUGAUUGACAAUCUUGCCGCACCUCAGCACAUUAUAAAUUCCCCUAAUUUAGCAUUCAUAUUUUCUGGGCAAGGGGCACAGUGGUAUGCUAUGGGUCGGGAGCUUCUUGACGCUUACCCUGUAUUUUGCGAGAGUAUCCGGGCAGCUGGGGCUUAUAUACAGACCUUCGGUUGUCAGUGGGACCUAAUAGACGAGCUACGGAAGGGAGAGGCCGAGUCUAAUGUCAACAAAACAGAGUACAGCCAAAUGCUCUGUACGGCUCUACAGAUCGCCCUUGUUGAUCUCUUACAUCAUGUAGGGAUAGUUCCUGAGGCUGUAGUGGGACACUCGUCAGGUGAAAUUGCCGCGGCAUACUGUGCCCAUGCCAUAACCCGAGAGUCUGCAUGGAAGAUUGCCUUUUACCGCGGAUUAUGGACCAGCAAACUGGAAAGGUUCAGCAGUAUCAAUGGCGCAAUGCUUGCUGUUACUCUGUCGCCACAGGCCGUGGCACCAUUUUUCAAAAGAGCGACAACCCACUACUCUGCUUUAAGGCUAACUGUUGCAUGUAUAAAUAGCCCCCACAGUGUAACGGUAUCUGGGGAACAGCAGCAAAUUGACACGCUGAAAGAGUACCUUGACAAGGAGCAGAUAUUUUGCAGAAGGUUGAAGGUUAGAGUGGCUUACCAUUCCUUCCAAAUGAAUGAGAUUGAGACACAGUACCACCAGGCCAUGGGUCUGGUAGAAGGAACAGACCAUAGAGGCAAACGUCCAAACAUUCUCUCUUCUGUGACUGGGACCUGGAUCUCACAUAGUGAGAUGCGGAGUGCCUCAUAUUGGGUGCAGAAUUUGGUGUCAACUGUCAACUUUUGUGAUGCUUUGACUACACUCUGCUCAAAUACCACCGAUAUGGCUGUUAAAAAGCUGGACGGUAGUCACCGAAAGGCAUUAAGAAUACACCAUCUACUUGAUGUUGGACCGCACUCAGUUUUACAGGGGCCCGUUAAGGAUACUCAAAAGGGAAUCAGGGGUUCCGCAGCCGCAUACUACCCACUACUAGUGAGGGGACAACCCGCCGUGGCAACCUUUCUACAAGCUGUCGGUCACUUAUAUGCUGCUGGAUACCCGACUAUCAUGUCUCGCGUGAACCCAUGCUCCUCAAAGCAGGAAAAGCCAAUGUGCUUACCCUCUCUACCCGAGUAUCCCUUCAAUCAUAGUAGGUCCUAUUGGCAUGAAAGUCAAAUCAGCAGAAACCAGCGACUUCCAAAAGUUAACAAAAACGACCUUCUUGGCAUGCCUGAAUCGAAUUGGAAUCCCUUGGAGCCACGCUGGCGGCAUAUAAUUCGGGCUUCUGAUCUGCCAUGGAUCGAGGAUCACCAGGUUUCAGGCACAGUCAUAUAUCCUGCAGCCGGCAUGCUCGUCAUGGCGAUAGAGGCCGUCAAGCAGCUUGCAAGUCCAGACAGGGUGAUCUCCGGGUUCAAGUUUGAAGAUACAGCAGUUCUUGCCACCAUCCGGAUUCCUCCGGGGGAUGGUGGAGUUGAGACGGCCUUUUACAUGCGACCACAGGAAGCCGUGGAGACCAAAUCUUCCCAAUUAUUUUCCUUCACAUUGUGCACAUAUGUGAAUGAAACUUGGCUGGAGAAUUGCCGCGGGCGCAUCCAUAUUGUGUACAAGCCCGUUGAACCGGAUCCAGUGAAUGGGAACAAGGUGGAGCGGGAGGAUCUUGCUGAUUCGCUAAGUUGUUUUUCAAAGGCACGAGAGAGGUGCACUUCACUCGUUUACCGUGACGUGAUAUACGAUCAUCUGGCGAAAUGUGGCUAUGAAUUCGGCAAGGCUUUCAGGCAGAUACACACCCUGGCCACGGGUGGAAAAAGCGAACAGGAAGUCGUUGGAGAUAUGAACAACUUCCAAGUAUCUACGCAAGAUAUAAUUCACACUACUACUCUCGAUGGGAUUCUCCAGACGAUGCCAUGGUCUAUGACGAAAGGAGGCACAAUAACAGUUCCUGGCGUUGUGCCAACAUACAUCGGGUGUAUGUGGGUGGCUGGAGAGAGUUCCGCAUGCAACAUCCUCAAGACCCAUACAGUGACGGAGACUUCGGCAAAUGGCACAUUGUUGACAUCAAUAAAAGUAUUUGACCAGGAUCUCCGCGAGAUCAUAGUGUCUAUCGAAGGACUAAAAUCCACCGCCACAACUUCAGAAAGCUAUGCAGAGAACACGAAUGCUGUAGAUGAGCAGCUGUGUCAUUAUUUUGAGUGGAAGCCUGAUAUAAACCUUCUGAGUAACAAGGAAAUCCACGCCUUGUGCCAUACGGCAUAUCCGAAUUUGUCCAUACCCAAGGACUUCCUCGUUGAACUUGACUUCCUAGUGAUGCUUCGGAUCAUGGAAACGUUGCGGGUCAUAUCAGAACGCGAUAUCAAACCCCAGAAAACGCACCUCAGGAAGUAUAUUGACUGGAUGACGCACCACAAGGGACGACUCCUGGAGGGAGAGCUUAUAUUCUCUACGGAGCCAUGGAAGAGUCGAUUUAGCGAUUCAAAGUACAUCCAAGGAGUUGAGUCACGGGUGAUGAGUAGGAGUAAGCAGGGCAAGCUGCUUGUAAAGGUGACACGACACUUGGUGGAGUUCUUGAACAAUGAGCUGGACCCAUUGGCAUUAUUUUACCAGGAUGACAUGGCCAAAGACUAUUAUGCUGAACUGUUGGAAUAUUCGCACUGCUUCAGGUACUUGGAGAAGUAUGUUGAUCUGCUAGCCCAUUCCAAUCCGCAGAUGAAUAUCUUAGAGGUUGGCGCUGGGACCGGAUGUGCGACCGCGGCCUUAUUACGUAUUCUCAGAAACGACAAUGAGCAGAAGUCAAUGAACCCUAGAUACGCACAUUGGGAGUAUACGGAUAUAUCACGCUUGUUCUUGGGUGACGCUGCGAAACAUUUCGCCUCUGAAGGAAGUCGAAUGGCGUUCAAAUUGCUAAACAUUGAGGAGGAUCCAGCAGAUCAAGGCUUUGAAUAUGCAACAUAUGACCUUCUUCUCGCUUGUAUGGUAUUCCAUGCUACUUCAGAUCUGGCCAGGACAUUGACUCAUGCCCGAAAACUGUUGAAACCCGGUGGGAAAUUGAUACUAGUCGAGCUGACGAAUCCCUGCGCCAUUCGCUCUGCUGGAGCUUUUGGCCUUCUCGAUGGAUGGUGGCUUAGUUCGGAGCCAUACCGGUCUCUUGGUCCAUUUGCGGACGAAGCCCAGUGGAACAGCCUAUUAUUAUCAACUGGUUUUGCCGGUUGUGAGAUCUUUUUCCCAGACUAUGAUGAUCAGACAUGUCAUGAGACUGCAGUCAUUAUCUCUACAGCCACACAAAGCACAUCUCAAUCAGCCUCUGAUCAACCCAUUGACAUUGUGUAUGAACCCAAUGAUCGUACGCAGCUAGGCCUAGGACGAGUCCUUGCCCGUCAUUACGCAACUCAAAGCCAGUCCGUCAGGUUAAUUCCAAUCCAGGAUGCAAUCCCCUCAUCUAAAGUGACACUACAGGUCUUCCUCUUGGAGUACCAAAAGCCGUUGCUGUAUGAUAUUAGGGAGGGAUUGUACAAUAGGCUUCAAGCUCUUCUACUUUCGACUGACCCUAUACUAUGGGUAACUAGCGGAGGUGGGAAACUGUGCUCACAGCCGAAGUCCCACCUGAUUGAUGGGCUAUUUAGAGUACUGCCAGAGGAAGACAGAAACAGGUCUCGCUACGUCCUUGCACUUGAUCCUAUGGAAAACCCGGAGGUCCCUCAGUAUGAGACCAUCGCUAAGCUUACCGAACGGAUUUUGAGAGCCACCGAGGUUAUUGAUACGGAGUAUAUUGAGUCUAACGGGGUUUUGCAUAUUCCCCGAUUAACUGUUGAUCCUGUUCUGAACAAAGCUGUCUCCGAGAGGGAACGAGUAGUUGCAGAAACGAAGCAGAAAUUUGGCUCCGGUCCACCCCUCAAGCUGGACGUAUCCUCACCCUGCAUGUCAAAUGGGUUCAAAUUUAUUGAGGACUGUUCUGCACAACGGCCCCUCGGACCAAAUGAUAUCGAGAUCCAAAACAGAUCGGUUGGAAUCAACUUCCGUGAUUUACUAGUGUCUCUCGGCCAACUAGAGUCCAACUAUAUGGGCCUAGAAUGUGCUGGUGUUGUCGUCCGUGUCGGGAACUCAUGUAGAAGGUUUAAGGUUGGGGAUCGCGUUGUUGCGCUGCAUUCCUCUGCUUUUUCUACCCUCGCACGCAUCCCCGAGACAGGCCCGGUCGCAGUUAUUCCCACAGGCAUGUCAUACGCAGAUGCAGCGUCCAUUCCAGUCAGCUUUGUUACAUCCUACAUUACGCUGAGACAGGCCGCCUCCAUGCAGAGCGGAGAGUCGAUACUAAUCCACUCAGGGGCUGGCGGUACUGGGCAGGCGGCUAUCCAGAUUGCACAAUACCUCGGUGCAGAGAUAUAUACGACUGUCGGGUCAGAAGCUAAAAAGCAACUCCUUAUCGAUACGUAUGGCAUUCCUGAAAACCACAUAUUCUCCAGUCGGUCAACAGGCUUUGCGAAAGCGGUAAUGCGAAGAACCGCUGGAAAAGGCGUUGAUGUGGUAUUUAAUUCUCUAUCCGGUGAUGCAAUGCUGGCUUCCUGGGAGUGCAUCGCAGCAUACGGGCGCUUUAUUGAAACUGGAAAGCGCGAUAUCCUGUCGAAUAACGGCCUGCCCCUGGGCAUGUUCGCUCGGAAUACCACGUUCAGGGGGUUCGAUUUAACGGGGAUGAUGAUGGACCGCCCCGACAUCUGUUUAUCGGCUCUGGAAGACAUACUGUCGCUGAUGUCAAAGGGUAUUUUGCGACCUGUGCAACCACUUACAAGCUAUGGGAUUGGUGAAAUUGAGGCUGCCGUCAGAUUCAUGCAGACAGGGAAACAUCAAGGAAAGCUGGUACUCGAAAUUCAAAUGGAUGACAUGGUCAUGACUGUUUUGGAUAGAAAGCCUAACUUCACCUGUGACGGUAGCGCAACAUAUGUCAUUGCGGGUGGUCUCGGUGGUAUUGGCCAAAGCAUCGCAGCCUGGCUUGUAGAUCGCGGCGUCCGAAACCUCCUCCUACUCUCACGGUCGGGGGCCAAAGCAACCGAAUCGAUAAAAUUUAUCAACUAUUUACACUCAAAGGGUACUAGGGUUAUUGCUCCAGCUUGUGAUAUAUCGAAUGAAAGUGCCUUGAGUAGAGUGCUUGAGGAAUGGCAGCCUCAACUACCUCCUAUCAAGGGCUGUAUCCAGGCUGCCAUGGUAUUACAGGACUGCACUUUUGAGGAUAUGUCAUACAAAGACUGGGAGACAGCAGUCAAGCCGAAGGUUCAGGGCUCAUGGAAUCUUCACUGUCUCUUGCCCAAAGGAAUGGAGUUCUUCAUUCUACUCUCGUCUCAAACAGGCAUCGUUGGCGCUCAUGGUCAGGCUAACUAUGCCGCGGGCAAUACAUUUCAGGAUGCCCUCGCGCGGUACCGGGUGAACCAGGGCGAAAGGGCUACAUCACUAGACCUAGGCCACAUCACUUAUACUGGGGCAGUGGCAAGCAAUCAGAAGCUUUUGCAACGAUGGCAAUCAAACUCAGUACGUGCACCCGUGACAGAGGCUGAGCUUAAAGGCUUGAUCGACUGCUACAGUAGCCCUUUGCACGGCUAUGAGCUAGACUGUCAACCAAUAAUCGGCGUGUAUCCCAGGCUCCGAGAAAGAGGCUCCGGGACACCGACAUGGCUAGAGAAACCACUCUUCAAGUGCAUGACACUAGAUAAUGCACAGUCACGAGACCUGGACAGUCGAGGACAGAAUUUCCAGGUUGCAGCAGCCAUUAGAAAUGCCCAGUCUUUGCCAGCCGGUAGUCAGGCCGUUACAAGGGCUCUAACCGCUAAACUAUCCCACGCGUUGGCAUUGGACGAAAAGGAGAUUGAUCCAGAUAAACACCUAAGCAAAUAUGGUGUAGACUCGCUCGUCGCUGUAGAGCUUCGUACGUGGUUUGCUGGGGAGCUGAAAGCCAAUAUUGCUAUUUUUGAUAUUAUUGGCAGUACGGUUGCGACAGUUGCACAGUUAGCAGCUAGCCGAAGUAAACUUCAGAAGGGGUACUCUGCGUAA